ACAAGUGAGUGUUAGUGUGUGGAAGAUCGACGAGAGAUCAAACAAACAACGAAUUUAAUUUUUUUAUUUUUAUUUUAAUCACAAAAUGUUAAUCAUUGUUUUGAGUUUUUAAUUGGACAUUGUGUGACUGCCGUUUCAUUUUGUGCAGAUUGUCGAUUGAUAUUGAUGGAAAUUUCUGUGUUCAAAAUUUUCAGUAAUUGAAACAAACAGAACCUUACCGACGAUGUGGUGGUACUCAGUGUUAUUUCUGGUACUCGGUACACAAGCAGCUCUACCAGAAAAGCAACGAAACCAGGCCGAAGACUCCGAUCCAUUACUAACAGAUGCAGUACCGCAAUCACAAGUACAAGUGCGAGCAGCUCCAAUUCUACCUAUCCCAGCGGCACAAAUAAAGUCGCAACAAUCGUAUGAAUACUUAUCUGGGCAAUCGUCGUCUGCAGAUCCUUUUUUGCCAUCACCGCAACCCCAAACCCAAUCGUACCAACAAUACGGACAACAGUAUGGUCAAUCGGGUCAGUUCAAUGACGUUGGAUUGGGUACGGGACAACAACAGGGCUAUGGAGUAGGACAACAACCAAAUUAUGGAGUCGGACAGCAACCCGGUUUUGGUGUAGGUGGCGCUACCGGUUCAAUAAACAAUGACUUGAGCGGCCAAUACAACACCGGAUUCGGCCAAACGAAUAACUACAACACAUUCGGCAGUUCGUACGGUUCGCCACUGUAUGCAAACGAUCUGGAUGGCAUCAUCGAUCCGAACAGUUUCUGUCCGGAAUUUUGGAUCGCCCACAAGAGUGUCUGCUAUCGCUUCAUCAAAUCGCCGAAGCGUAACUGGUACGAUGCGAAAAAAAUUUGCCAGGCCUACAAGGCGGAGCUGAUCAAUGUCGACACAUUGGAGAAGCAUUCGUUUGUGCUGAAGGAAUUGAUCGUUCAGGAUCAGAAGCAGAAUCGCUAUUGGGUGUCAGCCAGACAAGUGUCGCCGAACAGUUGGUCGAAUGACGACAAUUCGCCGCUGGUGAACGUUGACGAUUCGUUCGAAUUUGAAGAGACCGUUUUCAAUCAGGACACUCUGCAGGAAAAUCUUCAACAGAACAAUCAAUAUUUCAACCGUUUCGAUACGAACAGACAGUUCACAUCACGUCGUGACAAUCCUUUGUUGCAAUUCGAGAAAACACGACUGGUUUACGGUUAUGCGGGCAACAAGGGCAGAUGGAUGUUCAUACCAUCGUACGAAUUCGAAACGCAUUUGUUCAUUUGCCAAUCGACUCUGCUGUACAAUCCAAACAACAUAAACGUGCUCCAAGAUGAGCAGCGCACGUAUGAGUACGGUUUGGAAAUUACCGAUUUCCGGAAAAUUCCCCGCGGUCCCUUUUUCAUAAGACAACCGGUAGACACCACCUUUGACACCGCUAAGCGUACCAUCAGAAACGAUGUGUUUGUGAGCUGUUUGGCUGGUGGUUAUCCGACACCGGACUACUCCUGGUACAAGGAGGAGUACGUCAACGACAAUUUGACAUUCUACAAAAUCGAUCCGUUGAUCGACAGUCGUUUCACGAUUAGUGGAGGCAAUUUGAUCAUUUAUAAUCCCGAACAAACGCGUGAUCAGGGCCGAUACCAUUGUGUGGCUGAGAAUAAAUUCGGUCGCAUCCGCAGUGAAAGUGUCGAACUGAAUUUCGGUUACAUAAUGGAAUUCAAUCUUAAACGUUCCGGCGAAAGCGGUGACAGCAAUUGGGGUAAAACACUGUUCUGCGAUCCUCCGCAACAUUAUCCGGGUGUGAAGUACUACUGGGCUCGUGACUAUUUCCCGAAUUUCGUCGACGAAGAUCAGCGUGUUUUUGUCAGCAACGAUGGUGCACUGUACUUUUCGGCAUUGGAGAUUAUCGAUCGCGCCAAUUAUUCGUGCAGCGUACAAUCAUUGGUCAGUUCAACCGGUCGUAAUGGUCCAUUUUUCCCGCUACGCGUAAAGCCACAUCCGAAUUACCAAGCGUUGCUCUUUGCCAACACUUUCCCGAAAGUAUUUCCCGAAGCACCGAUAGCAGGCCAGGAGGUGCGUCUGGAGUGUGUCGCUUUUGGCUACCCGGUUCCGUCGUACAAUUGGACACGAAAGGAUGGUGGUCUGCCUCGGCAUGCCUAUCAAAUCAACUACAAUCGAGUGUUGAUCAUUCCCAACGCUACGCUGAACGACAAUGGAGAGUACGUAUGCACAACCAAAAACGACCGGAAGACUCUGCAAAAGUCCAUUCUCAUCAACAUCCAAAUGAAGCCGAACUUUACGAUUCCGUUGCGCGACAAAAUUAAGGACUUCAACAGCGAAGUGAAUUUCGUUUGCGAAGCGAAUGCCAUUCCGGACGUGAAUUACACGUGGUACAAGAAUGCCGAACUGCUAGACAGAGAGCAACUGGACCGCGACAAGUACAUCAUACAGGACAAUGUGCUGACGAUAAAAUAUCUGGACCCUGAAAAGGAUGAUGGCAUGUACCAGUGUCGGGCGCAUAAUCAGUUGCACGCAGUAUUCUCAUCAGCACAGCUGAGAGUGCUGUCGAUGAAACCGUCAUUCCAUAAACGGCCACUCGAAUCGGAAAUUUACGCCAUUUACAAUGGUAACACAACCAUCGUAUGUGAUCCGGAAGCAGCACCUCGACCCAAAUUUCAAUGGAAGAAAGACGAAGUUGUGAUAGGUGCCGGUGGUCACAGAAGAAUAUUGCCGACCGGCACGUUAAUAAUAUCUCCGACAUCACGGGACGAUGAGGGCAAGUACACAUGUGUGGCGACGAAUGCCUAUGGAACGGCCGAAUCCAAAGCACGGUUGAUUGUCUUACAGGAACUACGAUUCAUACAAACACUGCCGCAACAGGUGUAUCACAACAUUUGGGAUUUGCUGUAUCUGCAUUGCGAUGUCAGUUACGAUGAGGUGUUGGAUGUUGCCUUCAUCUGGAAACACAAUGGUCGUGUGAUCAAAGAUAACGAAAAUGAACGAUACGUCAUUGAAUACAACAGCUUGGCUGUCCAUAACUUGACAACGCUAGACGGAGGCGAGUAUGAAUGUAUCGCAAAAUCUUCGGUCAAUUCAAUAUCGACAAAGACAUUAGUCACAGUCGCCGGUCCGCCAAUGGCACCAGGCGGUGUUAAGGUCAUCGAAAUACAAAAGACUACAGCUCGAUUAGAAUGGAUCGAUGGAAGUAAUAACGGCCGUCCGAUCAUGUACUACAACAUUCUCGGCCGAACCAACUGGAACAAGACAUGGGUGAAUGUGUCGGAGGGCGUUCCAGCGUAUGAAAUAGAUCGAUACACUGGUCGGAAGCAAGCCGAAAUCACUAAUCUAACACCGUGGUCAGGCUACGAAUUUAGCGUUUGCGCCGUCAACGAUUUAGGUAUUGGAACUCCGAGUGCACCGUCACCGUUGUACAACACGCACACCGACAAACCGUACAUUAGUCCUCGGAAUGUUGGAGGUGGUGGUGGAAAAAUCGGCGAUUUGACAUUGAAAUGGACACCAUUGAAGUCGGACGAGCAAAAUGCGCAUGGCAUUCAUUACAAGAUCUUCUGGAGAUUACACGGUCGGAACACGGAAUGGGCUAGCGAGAUACUGAAACAGCACGGAAACACUAAGAUGGCUGUGGUGCACAUUCCGCUCGAUAACUACUACACUCGAUACGAUGUGAAAGUUCAGGCCAUCAAUGACGUCGGCCCAGGACCGGAAAGUGGAGUUGCCGUAAUUUAUUCGGCUGAAGAUAUGCCUCAAGUAGCACCACAACAACCGAUCGCUCGUGGCUACAAUUCGACAUCAUUGAACGUAACAUGGAACCCGGUUGAAUUGACAAGAGAAAAGAUUCGCGGCAAUUUGAUCGGUCACAGAUUGAAGUACUGGAAACAGGGCUAUCCGGAAGAGGAUUCCGUUUAUUACUUGUCGAGGACGACACGUCCAUGGGCAAUAAUUGUUGGCUUGCAGCCGGACACAUAUUACUUUGUCAAAGUAAUGGUAUACAAUGCUGCCGGUGAGGGUCCGGAAAGUGAACGUUACUUGGAGCGCACGUACCGUAAAGCUCCACAAAAACCACCGUCAUCGGUGCAUGUGUACGGCGUCAAUCCGUCCACGGUUCGAGUGGUGUGGCGUUAUGUGGGUGUUACAAUGGAAGAAGAACCGAUUCAGGGUUACAAGGUCCGUGUCUGGGAAGCCGAUCAGGAUAUGUCAACGGCCAACGACACAAUCAUUCAAACUGGCAACAAAUUGGAAUCGUUCAUCAACAAUUUAACGCCGGGUAAAGCAUACCGAAUGCGAGUGCUGGCGUUCAGUAAUGGUGGCGACGGUCGAAUGUCUAGUCCAGAGUUGCACUUUCAAAUGGGCACUACGAACGAACGAAAUACGGCUCAUCACAUGAAGCUGAACAAGACGAUCGUCUUUGGCCUACUCUCUGUCUUUUACUUACUGAAACAGACGUUAUUCUAAGCUCACAGUGAUAGUGAGCCAAUUAGUUUGUUGUAAAUAAGUGUUCUUUUCUCAGUGUACCGUUGACCAUUGGCCAACGGUACAGUUAAUUCCGUUCGAAAUCUCAGAAAUUGAAUUUUUGAAUUCUCUCGUUUGUAGAUCUGAAUUUUUAUUCUGAAUAUUUGUAGCCAUUUAAGUUAGACAGAUCUGAUAUAUCGAUUGGAUCAUUGUAAAACAAAAGAAAAGAAAAUAUUUGUUCAAAACAUACCGUUAGAUAAUAGUGACAAGGAUAAAGUGUACGUACGGCGAGUAUGAGUAUGCGUAAAGUUACGGUGCUGCCUUUUUUCUCUGACCAUUCCAUUAGUAUUUUAAUCAAAUCGAAAUGAAGACAAGGCAAAAAUGUUUUUUAUUCCAUCAAAGACCGUAGACCGACAACUCGCGUGCAAAUCAGUCCCAAUAGAUUUCGCCUGAGAUAACUGCCUAACAAAAUGUGGCAUAGGUUUCCCACUGUUGCCUUAUGAACGACUGAUAUGUACAUGGGGGCUCGGCUAUGUCAUUUGUCUCAUCAUUUGUGCAUUCUUGCUUCUAAUUGCAACGUAAUACAUUCCACACACAGAAUGCAAAAUCGUAAUUUAAGCAUAUACUCAGACGCUGCUAAAUUGUGUGAUGGUUUACAGUUAUUAUUCAUGUGUAAAUUCAAAGUACAAUAAAUGUUAGCUGUAAGUUGCGAUGCCUCUAACUAGACAUUCCGAAUUGACUUUUCAAUUUUUGGAUAUUUUCAAUAAUAAAUUUUUUAGAGAUUUGUCACAUUCAGCACACACAAUCGAUUAAAUUUAUAUAUUUUUAGGCAUAAAAUAGAAAACACUAAAAACCUUAUCAGUAACAAACAAUUACAAUUCGUCCAUUUUCUAUUGUAAGGUGUUAGCUCAUAGCAUUUUUCUAUGAUUUAUAAGAAAUAAAAUAAAAAAAUUUAUAUUUUUACGAA